AUGGUGGGAGGCACCAGUGGGAGUCAGGGCGUUGGCGGUAAAAGUGGUGUGGCUGUUGGCCAGAGGAGUGCCGAGAGGGGGAGAGUGAGUGUGGCGGGGAGUUGUAGAGAGGACGGGGAGGAGGGGGAGGAGGAGGAGGAGGAGGAGGAGGAGGAGGAGGAGGAGGAGGAGGAGGAGGAGGAGGAGGAGGAGGAGGGGGGGGAAGAAAUCGGGGGAGGAGUGAAACACGAGGAAGAGUCAGUGGAAGGGGACGAGGUGGAGGAGGAGGAGGGAGGGAAAAUGAAACAAGAAUUAGAGGGGGAGGAGGAAACUUCUGAGCAAGAGGCGGAUAAGGAGGAGAAGGAGGAGGUGGAGGAUGGGGAGGUGGAGGAGGGGGAGGAGGGGAUGGAGGAAGAGGAGGAAAAAGAGGGAGAGGAUGAGGAGAUGGAGGAGGAGGUGGUGGUGGUGGUCACUGCAGCAGUACAGAGAAAGCAGAAGCGGUCUGCAAAAGCAGGAGAGCACAGAGGGCAGAGAGGGCAGAAGAGGGUAUUCGGAAAUGAAAGAGAGGUGAAGGGAGAGGAAGGGGAGUCGAGCAAGGGAGCGGGGGGGAGUAGAGUCGGAAGGAAGAAGCUGCGUGAGGGGGAAGUAAGGGACGUUGGGGCGUGUUUUGAGUCGACUCAAAACACGAAGCUGCGUGAGGGGGAAGUGAGGGACAUUGGGACGCAGCAGAAGUGGGGACAGCAGCAGCCAUCAUUAGCAUCACACGGUCUUUCCAUGCAGCUGCCCACAACAUCUGAGCUGGCAUCAGCCGUCCACGUGGCAUCCGCACUGCAACCUGGCACCCAGGGCCAGGAAGGUGCACGAAGGGGCUUGCGGCUAGAGCAGAUGCAGCCGAGGGCGAUCCGCUGCCCCCGCGCUGCUCUGCUCGCACGAGCACUGGUGGUGGAGAGUCGAUCCAAUUCCAUGCCGACAGGGGCACCCCAACGCUGUGGUGCUGAUGCUGUGGGGCAUGCACAGGCAGACGAUGGGAGUGUGGCUGGUCGGGCUGAUUCGGCUUGCCUGGAUGCUGGAGCCCCAGGGAGGGAGCAGUAG